AAAGAAUUUAUUUUGUCAUUAAAGUGGGCGUGAACGCGGUGCUCAUUAAAAAUUAGGAUCGCGUGAAUAUUUUCUCCGGCGGGUGACUUUCUUUCCACGCUUGUCCUUGCACCGCAUUUGGUCCGACUGCUCGUCGAAUUCGGCGAUUCGUCUGUCAGGCAGGCGGCGAGAGGAAUCAUGUCGGCGCGCCCUGAGCGCACCAUGGACUCCGAAACUGGCAAACUGCAACAGCACCUGACCCUGCUGAAAAGGGAGUACGUCAAACUUCAGGGCCACUGUGCCGAACUCGAGAGGAAGCUGGCCCUCGUGUCGGCGCACGACGCCUCGGCCGACACAUUCGCCAGCCGAAUCAUCGCCUCUGUCGCCGCCCUUUUGAAGCAGGAGCAGUACAGCGACCUGAAGAUUCUCCUGUCAAAUGCUGAAAUGGUGCCUGCUCACAAAUUUGUCCUCAAAGCCCGAAGCAGCAAGUGGGGAGUGGAAAAUUUGGAUUCCGCAACAUCGUUAGAUUGGAGUGGAGACGACGCCGCCGUGAUGAAUUUUUUGCUCUCUUGGGUCUACACUGGAGAAGCAAAUUUGGACUCAAUCAAAGACCCAUUCUGCCUUGAAUUGAUGAAAGUGGCAUUCCGCUUAGACCUUUUGGAAUUGGCCAAGCGAUGCGAACAGAGAUUGCUGUUGACGGUUGGAGUGACAAAUUGUGUUCGCCUUUACACGACUGCUGAAGAGAUAGGAGCAAAAAUCCUCCAGGAGCACUGUUCCCAACUUAUAUCAACGCACUGGGAUGAGUUUACAAGUGAGGACUUCGCCCACAUGACAGCUCCCUUGCUAUACACGAUGCUGAAAUCAAAGACUCGGUUUCCGCUGCACUCUGCCAUUAGACUAUCUAGGGAGGAUGUCGUCUUCCUGUUUCUAGUAGAGCACAGCAAUGAGCUUGCGCGCUUGCUGAACGAGCCAGACAAAAAAGGCGACCUGCCGCUGCUACUCGCGCUGAAUUCCAAGCAGAAAACUCUGGCGUCCUCCCUGGUUGAGCACGGGGCGAGUGUGGAUGCCCGAGAUCCGCGAGGACUAACCCUCCUUUUAAAUGCCAUUGAGAGAGAGGACAAAUACUCGGCACUCUUUUUAUUGGAACAAGGUGCAUCCCCCUCAGCUACCACCCCUGAUUUAGGGGACACAGGGUUGCAUAUGAUCGCAAAUCAGAGUAGUACGAGCAAUCCAUUCCAGGAUGAAGAAGAGGAAGACUCGCAUCACUCCAAAGACAUCAUUAAAGUUGCUCAGAAACUGCUCAGCUGCGGUCUUAACCCCAACAUGCAGAACAACAAAGGAUAUUCCGCCCUUCACCUAAGUGUUUUGAAUGAUAACACAGCCCUGUUCAACAUGCUGCUCGACUUCCCCGGUCUGGCUCUCGACGUGCCCACUCAAGAGGGCCACACCGCUUUAAGAUACGCUCUGCUACGAAAUAGCCUCGGGGAGGAUGGACUGGCUUCAAGACUGCUUGCUAAAAAGGCAAAUCCCAACCCUAUGUACCCGGCCACCGGAGACACUCUGCUCCACUUGUUGGCCAGAGAGAGGAAAGAAGACGCCGCCGUCUUCCUAUGCUCCAAAGGUGGAGAUGCCCUGCGCACCAACAAGAGGGGCGAAACUGCCCUCCACGUGGCAUGCGAAAAUGACUUGGCGGAACUUGCGAAAACUCUUCUCUACUCCGGCGCGCUUCCCAAUUUGCAGACUUUGCCCUCUGCAGACGAUCCCUCAGAUCAUCGACAGACUCCACUACACUUGGCAAUUAAAAAUGGCUGUGAUGCAGUGGUUGACAUCAUUCUAGCUCAUAAAAAUGAUGUUAAAGAGAGCAGCAAAACUGCCGACCUCAAUUUGAAAAACUCGAGUGGUUUGACACCUUUGGCUUUAGCGAUUAGAACUGGAAUGAAACACAAGGUGGCUGAUCUGAUCAAUGCGGGGGCUGACGUCAAUGUUACCAAUUCUGAAGGGCUCACAUUGCUGCAUUCAGCAAUCGAACAGGGUGAUUCUGAUGCUGCCGUUUUCUUACUCGAACAUGGAGCUAAUAUGUCAUGCAGAACGCCCGAUAGACGAACCCCUCUUCAGCUGUCUAUCACCAAUUCUUUGCCAGUUGUGGUUGAGGCACUUUGCAAAAGAGGAGUGGACAUGUCUAUCAUAGAUAAUCAGGGUCGGUGUGCCCUGUGGGCAGCCUUGGAAGAUGGCCAAGAAGAUGUAGCGUCAAUUCUUGUUCGAUUUGGUGUCGAUACUGAUUGUUGGGGUCCUGGUCCUGAAGGUUGCCUUCAAACGCUGCUGCAUAAAUCGAUUGAUGAAAAUUUGACCAAUAUUGCUUGCUUUUUAAUAAGGAGUGGAUGUGAAAUGAAUGCACCAAGAAGACCUGGGCCAAAUGGGGAAGGAGGCGACGAAGCGCGCGAUGGGCAAUUUCCUUUGCACAUGGCCUGCACUUGGGGACAAGAGCAAGUUGUGCAGACCCUUAUUGAGCACAAAGCCCAUGUGAACGCUAAAGAUGCUGAUGGAAGAACACCAUUGCAUCUGGCUGUUUCGAAUCAAAAUGCAAAAAUUACCUCUCUGUUAUUGUGCCAUCCAGAGCUUGAUCUUUCUGUCAGGGAUAAGUCUGGUCUAACUCCAUUUGCUGCUGCUCUUACGUGCAGAAAUAACAAAGCUGCCCAAGCAAUUUUAGACCGACUUCCGUCUGCCGCAGAACAGUAUGACAACAAGGGGCUCAAUUUUCUGCAUGUUGCCAUUCAACGAAAUGACUUGGAAAGCGUUCUCUUUUUGCUCUCAAUCAACGUCGACCCCAACUCCAAAGUGCGAGAUAGCACCAUGAGCACACCCCUGCACCUUGCCUGCGCCUCUGUACCAAAUCCAACCGCUACUGGUACGACUGAAGAUACGGCCCUUUUGGUGCGGAACUUGCUUUUGGCGGGUGCUCGUCCAAACGAAAGAAACUCGUCUCGCCAAACCCCUCUGCACAUAGCUGCAGUUUCUGGUCACUCUGCUGCUGCUUCUGCCCUUUUGCAAAAUAAUGCAGACCCCGACGCAACUGACGUUGACAACAACAACCCCUUGCAUCUUGCUGUCAAAGCCUCUAACCUUCCCGUCGUUCGGGCUCUGCUGACUGAGUCCACUUUAGACGCAGAAGCCAAAAACCUGAGAGGCCAAAAUCCACUGCAUAUGCUAGCUAUUUAUGGAAAGGAUCAAAUUGCCUCGGCUAUUUGUGAGCUUUUCUUGGAGUGCAUGCCACAGUAUCCACUGGACGAGCCUGAUUUAGAAGGAAAUACAGCUCUCCUGUGGGCAUAUGUAAAGGGAAAGGCAAACUUGUGUCGAACGUUGGUUAAGUCUGGCUGUUGCGUUGGCACCAUGAACAAAGAGGGCAUCACAAUUUUCAACUAUCAAACUCCUACAAAGCAGCUCUUGAGCAAAUUGCUGGACCUUCUGGGCAAGGAGCCUCCAUGGGCUGAAGGGGAUAUGUGCCUUGAGUGUGGAAGCAAGUUUGGCAUCACCAUGAGAAAGCAUCAUUGCCGCCACUGUGGACGCCUUCUGUGCUCCAAAUGCUCCAGCUGUGACGUUCCAAUUCUCAAAUUCGGUCUCAACAAACCGGUCCGCGUGUGCACAACUUGCUUCCAAGUUCUCCAAAGUGGAGUCACGACUUAAUUAAUCGCGAAUAUUCAUAUCAAAAUAUCAACAUGCAGGGUGGCGAAUUUCAAAAUUGAAGAUCUGCGAGACUAAGGAAGAUAUUUUUGGGUACAUGAAAACACAUUAUUCAGUGGUUUAAAUAUUAUGUCUUCAAGUCUUCAUAACCAACACUGUGAUUGUUACACUGCUUUUUAGCAAACAUUUCGGUUAGUUGAAAUGCUAAUUCCGAUGGUUUUUGGGUCACAUGAAAGUAUAAUUUAAGCAAGCGAAAGUUGCCAAAGUAAAAUUUAAAUAUUGUUACUGUUCCUGCAAAGGACAACAGAUUUAUUUUUAUUCAAUUAUUUUGCGAUAAUUUUAUGCCAUGUGCUAGAUUCAUUUAUAUAAAGCAUGUUGCAAUAUUAAGAUGUUGAUUUAAAAGUGAAAGUUAAUAAAACACUUUCGAUUGAAUGAAUAAUAAGAUAAAAAGAUGUCCUC